GCUCCAUCGUUUUUCAUCCUCCAUUACCGUUGGAAGAGUUAUAGCUAGCUUCCUUUGGUUUCUUCUUCCUCAGGCUCUAGUUGUCUCAUACGUUAGACAUCAGAGUCUCUUUAGUAGUUCUCUCUUUCCAAAGUUGACGUGAAAAACCGGCGAGAAUGCCUGCCGUUGGAGGAAUUCCGGUGGGGCCCGGUAGGGAGUACCCCGGAAACCUCACUCCCUAUGUGACUGUAACAUGUAUUGUUGCGGCCAUGGGGGGUUUAAUUUUCGGCUACGAUAUUGGAAUUUCUGGUGGGGUCACAUCCAUGGACCCGUUCUUGAAAAAGUUCUUCCCGGCGGUGUACCGGAAGAAGCAUGCGGCGCAAUCCAACAACCAGUACUGCCAAUAUGACAGUGAGACCCUGACCAUGUUCACGUCGUCGCUGUAUUUGGCUGCUCUCAUCUCAUCGAUCGGGGCGUCCACUGUGACACGUAAAUUCGGACGAAAGUUGUCCAUGCUGUUCGGAGGUGUGCUCUUCUUCGCCGGUGCUAUCCUCAAUGGCUUUGCCCAAGCGGUAUGGAUGCUCAUCGUCGGCCGAAUUUUGCUCGGUUUGGGUAUUGGGUUUGCCAAUCAGUCUGUGCCACUCUACCUCUCUGAGAUGGCUCCUUACAAAUUCAGAGGUGCUCUAAACAUUGGCUUCCAAUUAUCAAUCACAGUUGGUAUCCUUAUUGCCAAUGUGUUGAACUACUUCUUUGCCAAGAUCAAGGGUGGCUGGGGAUGGCGAUUGAGUUUGGGUGGGGCCAUGGUCCCUGCCCUUAUAAUCACCAUUGGAUCACUAGUCCUUCCUGAUACUCCCAACUCCAUGAUUGAGCGUGGUCAACAUGAUGCUGCCAAAACUCAACUAAAAAGAGUUAGAGGUGUUGAUGAUGUUGAGGAUGAGUUCAGUGACCUUGUUGCCGCUAGUGAAGCAUCACAGCUUGUGGAGCACCCUUGGAGAAACUUGUUACAAAGGAAAUACAGACCCCAUCUCUCCAUGGCCAUCCUAAUUCCUUUCUUUCAGCAAUUCACUGGGAUCAAUGUGAUCAUGUUCUAUGCACCUGUUUUGUUUAACACCAUUGGAUUCGGAGAUGAUGCUUCCCUCAUGUCAGCUGUGAUUACCGGUGUUGUCAAUGUUGCUGCAACCUUGGUUUCAAUCUAUGGUGUUGAUAAGUGGGGAAGGAGGUUCCUUUUCCUUGAGGGUGGAACUCAAAUGCUCGUAUGCCAGAUUGUUGUUGCAGUCGCAAUUGCUGCUAAAUUUGGAGUAAGUGGUGAUCCUGGACACUUGCCCAAGUGGUAUGCAAUUGUUGUGGUGCUUUUCAUUUGCAUCUACGUUGCAGGAUUUGCCUGGUCUUGGGGACCCCUCGGGUGGUUGGUGCCUAGUGAAAUUUUCCCUCUGGAAAUCCGAUCUGCUGCUCAGAGUAUAAACGUGUCCGUGAAUAUGAUCUUCACAUUUAUCGUUGCUCAAGCCUUCUUACAAAUGCUUUGCCACAUGAAGUUCGGGUUGUUCCUCUUCUUCGCCUUCUUUGUGGUGGUGAUGUCCAUUUUUAUCUUCUUCUUCUUGCCUGAGACAAAGAAUAUCCCAAUUGAAGAGAUGAACAAGGUAUGGAAGACCCACUGGUACUGGUCCAGAUUCGUCAAUGAUGAUGAUUACCCUAACGUCGAGAUGUCCAAGGGAUCCCAGGCUACCAAGAACGUCUGAUGGGACCAAGCAAGAUCUGUCUCUGUCCUCUGUAUUUUUGUUUGAUCUUUGUGUAGCAGUACAUACACUAUUGGUUAUAUGGUUUCAAUGUGGAGGCUAUAUAUAUAUGUUGGUUCUAAUAUCCACCACCCCACCUUCCCCCCCCCCC